CAGCAGAUGUCAAAACUUUUCUCAGACUUGCAGCAUAUCUUCAUGUUUGUUCCUGCUGGAUAGUUAAAAAUUUGUUGCUACGUUCGGUUCACCUCUUUUUGGCAAGUGAAAGUGUAAAUUAUAACUCACGCGUACUCAGAGGUCAAUAAAAAGCACAAUUUCCAAAGAAUAAACAGUUUCUGUUUUACGGAGCAAGAAAUGUGUCGAUCGAAACAUUCCUAAAACAAGAACUAUAGCAACAAGAAACAAAUCAGGUUUUACUCCAACAGCGAAUAAUACAGUUGUGGAUAGGAUAAAUUCAGCGAGAGUAGCGAGUGACAAUAUGGCAUCAAGCAUUGGUGGUUCUGUGUCAACGGUCUCCAAAAAAUCAUCCACAGCCGUCUCAGGGCAGACCGCAACGACGGGUAGGAAAAAAUCGGGCCCCAAAUUUGAGCUUUCGGAUGAGCAACGACAGGACAUCAAGGAAGCGUUCGAUUUAUUCGAUUCCGAAGGGACCGGUAUGAUUGACACGAAAGAGCUGAAAGUUGCCAUCCGUGCGUUGGGGUUCGAACCGAAAAAGGAAGAAAUCAAAAAGAUGAUCGCCGAAAUCGACAAGGAUGGUACCGGGAAGAUAUCUUUCGAGGACUUCCUGUCGCUGAUGACGGUCAAAAUGGCCGAGAAAGAUUCGAAGGAGGAGAUCCUGAAGGCGUUCCGCCUGUUCGAUGAUGACGAAACGGGAACGAUUUCAUUCAAAAAUCUCAAGCGUGUGGCCAAAGAGUUGGGGGAGAAUUUGACUGACGAGGAACUGCAGGAAAUGAUUGACGAAGCGGAUCGCGACGGGGACGGCGAGGUGAACCAAGAUGAGUUCCUGAGAAUCAUGAAGAAAACAAGCCUCUAUUAAUGCUAAAAUUUGUCGAGCACAAUUGGAUAAAUUCAGUACCUUAAUAGGAAGCCGCCACAUGAUAAAUGCACUUUUGAAAGCUGUAGCUGUAGAGAGAGUCUUAAAUAUAGGGCAACAAAAUAAUAACUGAUACAACGCUUAUUGAAACGGAGCACUGUCCUAAAACUAUUUAAAUCAGUGAUGCACUGUUCGUAGAUCAGUAGUAAUAAACUUAUACGUUUAAAAUAA